AUCCGUGAUUUAAUAUAACAAUGAAAUAAGAAGGAUUACGUAAUGAGUGGGACGGGAAAAAAGCAAAAAGAAGAGGAGGAAGAUUGCUCUUGCUAUGCGGAGUCACAUAGUAAAAAGACAUGCCCUCCGGUACACAAUGUCACACAUCCACUGCGCUACUAUGAGUUUACACAGGAAGAAAUAAAAGCUUUGGAGGAAUGCGACAAGGAGAGUUUCUACCAGCGGUGCUUGCCUUUCAGUACCUUGUUUGCAACUCUUACGUAUGCUGCGAUACGCAAUGGCUACCUGAACAGAAGUGCACACUUCGGCGUCGCGCCUAAGGUAAUGGUAGCUAUUCUAUUUGGUCAUGUGGUGGGACGACUUUCAUACAUGAACACCUGUGAUGCGAAACUUCGGCGUUUGCCCGGCAAUAGUUAUCUCGGCAAUGUAAUGCGAAAACAUAAUGCGGCGAAGCUUAAUUCGGAAUCUGCGAAGCGUUGA